AUGGAUUUACAACGAAAUGAACACGUUUACGAGGAUGUCGGAGGAAAGCAGAAGAAAGAGAAGAAGACGAAGACGAAGACGCCCAUCAAUGGGUAUUGGGCUGUUGAGCAACAUUCACUGCGAAAUCAGAUUGGUGAAUUGAAGGAAAGCAGCAGCAGCAGCAGAAGCAGCAGCAGAGGAGGAGGAGGAGGAGAGGAGGAGGCGCAGGAAGACCAAGACCCAAUGGCGCAGGUUCUCAACUUAGCCCUACUCCAGCCUAACGCGGCCUCGACUCGCCCCGACUCGGCGCCUUCCACAUCGUCCUCUCCCCCGAGGACACGGCCGCGCGACCUCCGUCACUGGACUUCGCUUCAACAGAGCCUCAAGUGCAACGGCAGGUUCUCCUGCCUUUUCUCCGACAAUCGCAGAGAGGAACAAGCUAGAAAAGCUUUAGAAAGCGCACUCGGAGGAAAGAAGAUUGAGUUUGAGAAAUGGAAUAAAGAGAUCAAGAGGAGAGAAGAGGUGGGAGGAGGUGGUGAUGCUGGUGGAGGUGGUUGGUUUGGAUGGGGCAGAAGAUUUGGUUGGUCCAAUGGCGAUAAUUUCUGGCAAGAAGCAAAGCAGACUAGUUUGGCUGUUUUAGGUAUUAUUCUCAUGUUUCUAUUAAUUGCAAAAGGAGAAAUCAUCCUUGCUAUGGUCUUGAAUCCGCUGCUGUUCGCAUUGCGAGGAGCAAGAAAUGCAUUAACCUUUGUUACCACAAAGAUAUCAAGACUAUCCCCAAGUAGUCCUGCUGAUUUUGAUGCUUUACCAAAGAAGGAAAAUCAUAGACGCGUCUCUGCUAAAGAAGAAGUACUGAGAAAAUGGGGAAGCGCUUGAUUAGCUUAUCAUCUUGUAUGAAGAAUGAUCUUGUGAUUCUUUUCUACUGUGCUCACCCUGCCAUAGUUCUCUCAUUGUUUGACUUUUCCAAAGGCCAAAUUGUGGAAAAGGCUGCUGUGUGGGUAAAGUCAAUGAGCUGCUAAAGGCUGCUGUUUAGCUUUUUCUCGAGUCAGUGUUGGAUUUCAAAUUUGGUGGAAGGAAACCAAAGGGGGUUUGGCAUGUUCCUUGAGAGGCUUCUUCUAU